CUGACUUCCGUUCAAUGGGCGGGACUUCUUGUAACACAAACACUACUUCCUCUCUUUGCCUAAAAAAAGUGCGCAGCAACUGUGGGAUCUGUUAAAUCCGUGUUUUGGUCUCUAACCUCACUCGGGAAGAUGUCUGUCUCCAUGACCAAGGGUGAGGGGGUCACAAUGUUCACUUUGACCUUCGACCCCCAGAGCAAUUUGCCUCCACUGUGCCAAAUCUUGAGGGCUCUUUGCUACAGCCCAGUGUGCUGCUCGGUGUCCAAACACAUGAAGAGUGCCGGGGGUAAAUCUCAGACACUGCUAGGAACUAUACAGAUCAUGGUUGGAUUGCUCAACAUUGGCCUUGGAGUCAUUCUUAUGGCAUCAAAUACAUCCAGCUGGAUGAUGGACGAUACCAAGUAUUCUGUUUGGUUGGGGGUACUGUUUAUGCUUUUUGGCAUUAUGUGUAUUUUGUCAGAGAACUUCCCGAGUCCAUGUCUGGUGACCUUAAAUGUGAUUUUGAACAUGGCAGGAGUGAUUUUUGCCAUCACGGCCAUCACUUUGUACAUUGUUGAUUUGACCGGCUUAUGGUUUCGCUGGAUGUGUUCUAAUGACCGAUACGACUACACCGAUGUGACACUGUCUCCAGAGUCCAUGGAGAAAUGUUUAGAAGGCAAACAUCUUGUUGUGAUGUUGUCUCAAAGCAUCCACUCCGUGCUCAUUGUCCUGUCUGUUCUGGAGCUCUGUGUGACAAUCAGCUCUACAGUUUUGGGAAUAAAGGCUCUUGUUCACCACAACAAGGCACGACUGGAGAUCGCUGAUGAACCAGCGCUUCACCAACCACUCCUGGAGGAGGUCAACACAGAUUAACUCGUAUUAUCAGGUGCAUGAACAGUAAUCCCAUUGCAGUCGGAUCAUUUAAUCAUUGACGCAUAUAUAUAUAUAUAUAUAUUACUUUUAUACAAAUGUUUUGUAUUAUUUUUUCCCAGCUCUUUAAUUAGUGAAAUGAAUGUAGAUCACAAAAACAUCUUUACUGUCUCAUCCCAGGCUCUAGUUUCCCAACCUCGGAUCAAUAAAGUACAUCCAUCUGCGGUAUCUAUUUGUUUAUCCUUGCAAUUUGUCUAUUAGCUUUUUCUUUUUUAGUAAAGGUAAUACAUGUGUUUAGUAUUGUCUUUGACGUUUAAGUUUACUAUUUUGUAAAAAAAAAAAAAAAAAAUCUGAUGUGACAUUAAACUAUUGCCGCUCAAUACA